ACUCUCAUACCUGUGAGCAUGCACGGUCUCAUGUUGGGUUCUACCCCCCCACCCUGGUCGCUAGCUGCAGAGGCUAAAGCUCAGCGCUGAAUAACGGUGGAAAGCAGACUUCAGUGUUCAUACCGGUGAAGACGAGAUGCAGUUCAUGCUUCUGUUCAGUCGACAAGGCAAGCUCAGGCUUCAGAAAUGGUACGUGCCCUUGUCUGAUAAGGAGAAAAAGAAGAUCACCAGAGAGCUGGUGCAGACAAUCCUGGCUCGAAAGCCCAAAAUGUGCAGCUUCCUAGAGUGGAGAGACCUGAAGAUUGUAUACAAGAGAUACGCCAGUUUGUACUUCUGCUGUGCCAUCGAGGACCAGGACAAUGAGCUCAUCACACUGGAGAUCAUCCACAGAUAUGUGGAGCUGCUGGAUAAAUACUUUGGCAGUGUUUGUGAGUUGGACAUCAUUUUCAACUUUGAGAAGGCCUACUUCAUUCUCGAUGAAUUCUUGUUGGGUGGGGAGGCUCAGGAGACGUCGAAGAAGAAUGUAUUAAAGGCAAUUGAGCAGGCUGACCUGCUGCAGGAGGAAGCAGAGACCCCGCGCAGUGUGCUGGAGGAAAUCGGUCUGACAUAAACAUGGCGCAUCAACAUCCAAUUGCUCCACAUGCAUCCAUCUGCCAGCUGCUCUGCUGUAUGAAGCCGACACUAACUCCAAUUCACCUUUGAGCUCACACAAUCUUGUAUUGUGCGGGCAGUCACUGGCUACCAGUGACUGCCCGCAUCCGGUUCAAAACACUAGUACUCGCAUACCAUGCUGUAAACAGAUCAGGUCCAGUUUACAUCCAGGACAUGGUCAAACACUACACACCAGCACGUUCUCUCCGCUCUGCUUCAGCUAAACGACUCGUUCCUCCUUCACUGCGAGCUAAACACUCAUCAAAAUCACGACUGUUUGCUGUCCUAGCUCCUAAAUGGUGGAAUGAGCUCCCACUCGACAUCCGGACAUCUGAAAGUUUACACAUCUUUCGCCGAAAACUAAAAACACACCUCUUCCGACUGUACCUUGAAUAAAAAAAAAAAAAAAAAAAAAAAAACUAACCACUUUUGAAAACUAACACUUUGGUAGCACUAAAAUGGCACUUACUUAUAGCACUCUGU